AUGCACAUCCCUCAUCUUCCCCAAGAGAUCCUGGAAGAGAUCCUUAAAUGUCUAGGGACCGACUUCAAAUCGCUCUACGCGUGUUCGACCGUGUCGCGUCGAUUCCGAGAACCAUCGCAGAGACAACUCUUCUCCCGACUCUACUUCGGUGAUCGACUGGGUCUCAUCGACGACUACUGCGACGAAAAGAUUGCCACCCAUCUCGCCCUGCACGCCCUCUCAUACUCGCAUCGACUGUGCGGCUACGUUAGACACGUCGAGCUAGCGAUUAGCUGCGAGGCGAUCGCGUACCUGUUCUUCUGCAAGGUCAUGCCAUUCCUGAGCAGGGUGGAGACCUUGGAUUUGCGCGGCUGCAGUAUGACGAAAAUCCAGACGUAUCCCGGCGUUUAUCGAACGACGCUGCCGCGAGUGCGAAGGUUAUAUUUGACGGCAUUCCAUAACCUCUCCGUGACUUUCCUCCACCAAUUCCCGAAUCUGGAGUUUCUGGACUUGGACCACGUAUCGUUUUGCGGCCCGCUUUCGAGUCCAGAAACGCUCGUCGAUGGAGUCGAGAGGCCGCGUCCCGCUCCUGUGGUUGUCAGCCUUAAACCCAACCUGGGUUCCCCACCUUACUUCAAUCACUUUAUGGAACUGGUUCUGUUCAAGGACCCCUCGUACGGCCUCGACAUUAGCAAGAUCACCGUUUUGGUCGUAGACAUCCUACAGGAAGGCUACCAGGAUUAUGCGCAACCCGAAGAAAACCUCCAAACGUUCGAGCUUUUCCAUCGCUUGCUGGCGGAAUGUGCUCCGAACCUGGAGGUACUACAGAUUGCUUUAAAUCUCCAAAUAGCGGAGUUUACAAGACUCCUAGACGAGAAACCCAUCGACUUUCAGCGUUUAGAAGAUUUCCGGCUUGUACUCCCUACACGCAGAAGGCGUUCUGUCCACGAACUGGAGCUUGAAACAGUAUUCCAUUCCCUGGUUCGCUGGAUAAAACGCAUAUCCGCCACGGCAGCUCUAAAACGCAUGCGGAUCCACUUUGACCUCGUUGGCCGGCCACGCGAGGGCGAAGUCAUCGAACGACUGCCGAUCAUGGAGGCGUUGGAGGACUUGACUGGCUAUUGGUCGAAGCUAGAGACCAUGCCUCUGAUUUCCUGUGGGAUUUCGUAUAAUAACUAUAUGGAGGACCACAGGGAAACGCGGCCUGGGUGUCCCAACGGGAAUCUCCCGCUGUCGGAUGUGAAGGCGUUGCAUAAGAGGUUGGAUGGGUUGAUUAGAACCAAGAGGUUUCAGAUACUUGGAGCCAGGCUCCCUCCACUACGGAAGGCGUACCACUAUGAUGACAACUACUACCCAUCUGGCUUCCGGGUCGGGGUGAACGCUUGGCCUGCUACUUUCGCGCCAAUUAAACUAGAGUAA